GAAUUCGUAUAUUCAGGUUGUGGACGUGUAGAGAAACUGUUGCGCUCCAGUCCUCCACCGUUCCCACCAUUCCGCCUUAUUUACGCGUACAGAAGUGAAAGGUCGAUCGGUUUCUGAGUUCGGCUGUUUCAAAUAAACAAGGACAGCUUUACAGAGAUUUCAAGUCAGGAAUAACACUAGGUUUAUGAGGUGACAGUUGUUACAGGCGAACUUUAUAUACUUGUGAACAAUUGCCAUCGACAGAUCGGUCUCUUUUGGCAGUAUUACACCAAGGUUGUUCUUCUAUUCCCGUUUUUUUCCUUCCUCCACACUAAACCCACUGAGCCGAGAUACGGUUUGUGAAGAUAACCGAAGAUGUCGUCUAAGAUGCAAAGCUCUAAUAACAUAGCCCAGGCCAGAAGGACUGUUCAACAGCUACGGAUAGAAGCUAACAUAGAGAGAAUAAAGGUGUCUAAAGCUUCUGCAGACCUCAUGCAUUACUGCAGUGAACAUGCCAAGUAUGAUCCUCUGCUUAUGGGUAUCCCAACUUCAGAAAAUCCUUUUAAAGAUAAGAAGCCCUGCACUAUAUUGUAGUAGGAUGCCUGAACUCUUGAUGUAUGUUUUGAUGUUCCCUUUUAUUAUUUUUUUUAAUAGAAAGAAUAUGAUCUUCAAACAUUCAUUCACUAUUCACCUUAAAAUGAGCUAAACCCCAAGCUAUUAUUUGAUUCUAUCCACACUAGAAAUGCUCCUGCUGUCUGUUAAAAGAAGAGUCAAAGCUCCUAGUAAACAAAUCAUUUGUGGUGCAAAGACAAAACCAAACUAUGAAUGAAUUUUUUCGCUUUAGGGCACAGCACAGAUGAGUUGUUUGCUUUGUGAUAGUGUCCACUGAUGUGGUUGUGUCUUCUGCAAAUAAAGGGUGAGGUCAGAGUGGGUUGGCUUGUAUCAUGAAGCACAGGAAACGAUCAUUUUUAAUGACUCCACUCUGUAAUAUAUAUCUGCAGAUAAGCAGAGCCUCAUCAGCGGUGCUUUGACCCCGUCUGAUAUUUUUAAAGGCGUCUAGUCACAGGGAGGUGUGGGGGGUUGAUGUGAGGGGUGAAAUGUCAGCAUCACAAAUGUGUGAAGGGUGCUUGUGCUCAGUGGAGGAGGAAACAGGUGUCUUUGGAGGCGUCACAUUGACGUAAUGCUACUCCGGCCCUCCCUCAUUAACUCACUGUGUCUAAACAAUGGAGUGAUACAAAGCUAACCCCUCCUGUCAAAUCACUACACGCAACACUGUGCCCUUUUUAUUUUCUCGCAGUAAAACAGGUGAACUGUGUUUCAAAAGUUCAGCAACUGCCAAAACUCACAGAUCAGCAUUUAAAGAGUAAUACAAGGUGACAUGAUCAUGCAUUUGUAUGGAGGUGUUCUUAUUCACCACUUUUUUUUUCUUAGUUUAAUUAGUGAAACAAAAGUUGGGAAACACUUUACAAUAAGGUUACAUUUGUUAAUAGUAAUGUAUUAGGAAUCAUGAAUUAGCAAUGAAGCAAAAUUUACCAGCGGUUAUUAAGUUAAUGUUAAUUUAUAAAUGCACUGUACUGUUAUUCAUUUUUAAGACAUAAUUCAUAGCUAAAGUUAAUUAAUACAAUUAAUAAUUAAUACAACUUGAAAUGUUAAAAUGUAUUAGUAUACACUACCAUUCAAAAGUGUGGGGUCUGUAAGAUUUUCUUUUUAUUAAAAUUGUUAGAUUUUUUUUUUAAAUGUAUGUUAUAUAUAUACAUUUUAAAAUAUAUUCAAAUAGAAAACAGUUAAUACUAAAAAUAUUACUUUGGAUCAAAUAAAUGCAGGCUUGGUGAGCAGAAGAGAUUAAAAAUCAGAAAAAUCUGAAAAUUUUUGACUGGUAGUGUAUAUCAAAUUAUUAAAAAUUAAAAUAUCUUUCGUAUCUUUUUUAAAUACAAUUUAUUCCUGUGGGGACGAAGCUGAAUUUCCGUUUUCAUUGCUACAUAUGCUGAUUUGGUGCUCAAGAGAAAAAAAUCAUAUUAAUUAUUAUUCUGCUUAAUAUAAUUUUAGAAACUUGAAUGAAUAGAAAGUUCACAAUAACAGCAUUUAUUUACAUCAUUAACAUGAUGAUUCUUUAAAUCUUAAAAUUUUAUCUUAUUGCAAAGUGUUACCAAAAUGUCUACAUUCAGUAAAUGGGAUGAGAUUUCCCCUUUGAAUUUGCAUUAGAAUACUUGUCUUGUGUUAUUGCCCUGUUUAUGUAUAGAUACAGUAGCAAUAUCACUGCAGAUCAUGGUACGUAAUAUAUUAUAACCCUUUAAUGAUUAUUUACGAGAUGCCUUAUGUUAACAUACAAUUGCAUUUCUCCUGAUUGUUUUGAUUUGUAAUCAUUGUUCUUUUUUUUAUGACAAAAUUUUAAUGUCAUUGUGCCAUCUCAUUCUGGGAUCUAACCAGCAAUAGAAACAUACAUAGGGUUGCAUAUGAUUUUUCAAUACACAGACACUGAGCACAUGAUGGUUCCUCUGAUUGUAGUUCUUUUUGUGACUGUUAUAAUCAUGCGUUUUGACAACAUUCCAUGUUUACAACUCCUGUACCUUGUUUUUUGUAACACUCUUGUGAAUUGCCAUGCAUUUAAUGAAAGUGAGUGUGUAAUGCCUUCAUGACACAGCUGGCAGAAAACAACUUCACCAGACCAGCUGUACCAGCCUUAAUGAAGUAUUCCUGCUCUGACUCGUUCACUGCCACGCUCCUGUCUCGAGACGACAGCCAGAGUGAAACUACUGUGAACCCUGAAAUCUUCACUGUGUGUCUUCAUCAUUACACAUCUGUCUUAUGCCUUAGGCUGGACAUAUCUAUGCCUGUGUAUCAUGCAACUGAACUUCACACAUCAAGAUUUUAUCUGAACAACAGUAUGCUUUGAAUGGCAAUUUCAGCCUUGCUUUCUUGUUGUGUGAUGCUUUUGUAAUGUUUCCUAACAGUAGUAUUGAGUUAUCUCAGUGGCCUGUUGUUUUCUUGAUGCUGUGGUCAAUUCAGAAGGUGCUUUUGUAUUGAAAAUACGACAUGCACAAGCUCUUCAGUCUGCCUUCUUAUCUCUUUUUGCCUUUAAAAAAAUAUUUUUAAUAUGAAGAGCAUUUGGUGAGUGAAUUUUCCACCUUCCUUUCUUUGUGCUGAAAUUCCAGAGCUGGGUCACAAUAUGCUGGGUUGUAGAUGUGUUCUUUUUUCCAACUAAUUAAAGAUUUAUUCUCA